AAUCAGAAAUAAGUCAAAGACUCAAAGCUCAACAUCUUCGAUACUCUGCAUCAUCUAGUUCAAAGCAAAAUAGCAUAAGUUACCAAGAUAAAACUAUCUUAAUUCAUAAAAAUAUGGCAAAUAGAUUUGAGUUUUAUGAUAAGAAAAGAAAAUGGUAUGGAGUUAAAGAAGAUUUUUGUAGAACAAUUAUAGAAGCAUACAAAAGAAUUAAUGAUGAGUCUGAAGCUAUUGCUAAAAAAACUAAUGGUAGAAUUGAUAUGCAUAAAUCUGGAAAUUAUACAUUAACAACUAUAAAAUUUUUCAAAGAAACCACUUUAGCACCCCAAAAAAAUUUAGCAACAACUGGUACUCUAAUAUUUGCAAAAAGAUAUGAAGAAAAAGCUAAUCAAUAUGAUGUAAAUUCAAUGUAUAUAUUUGAAAUGAUAAAAAAAGAUGUAUUAUGGCCAAUUGUAUCAGCAACAAUAGAAAGAAAUUCUUCAAAGAAAAGCCUUCAAUGUAUAAGAUAUUUGCAAUAUAAUUCACAUAGAAUUUACAUACAUUAUGAUUUAGAAUAUACUAAGGAGAAUGGUCUAAAAGAAAAUAUAUUAUACAAUAUUAAAAAAGAAAGUAGAAUAGCAAGAAAAAGCACAUCCAUGAAUAAAACUCUUCUUGCUACUGGAAAAGUAGAGCUUAAAACAGGAAUAGAAAUAG